GAUAAUUUAUAAAGUUAUUCAACAGAACUUUCACAAAUGGACCAUCAACUGUCAAUGAUGAGGAAUCACACAGUUAUAACCACAUUCAUCCUGCUGGGGUUGACAGAUGACCCCAAAAUGAAAGCUCUGCUGUUUACGUUUCUGUUCCUCACGUACCUGUUGAGUGUCACCGGGAACCUGACUAUUAUCACCCUCACUCUCGUGGACUCUCACCUGAAGACUCCUAUGUACUUUUUUCUAAGAAAUUUCUCCUUUUUAGAAGUCUCAUUCACCACGGUUUGUAUUCCUAGAUUUCUUUAUAGUAUAUCGACUGGGGACAAUACUGUUACAUAUAAUGCUUGUGCAAGUCAAAUAUUUUUUGUGAUUCUCUUUGGAGCAACAGAAUUUUUUCUCCUGGCAGCUAUGUCCUAUGACCGCUACGUGGCCAUCUGUAAACCCCUUCAUUACAUGACCAUCAUGAGCAACAGAGUGUGUAUCAUCUUAGUCCUCUGCUGUUGGGCAGCUGGUUUGGUAAUCAUUGUACCUCCUCUUCUCUUGGGUCUCCAGCUGGACUUCUGUGAUUCCAAUGCUAUUGAUCAUUUUAGCUGUGAUGCAGGUCCCCUCCUUAAGAUCUCAUGCUCAGAUACUUGGUUAAUUGAACAGCUAAUCAUACUUGUGGCUAUAUUUGCACUCAUUAUUACCCUCGUGUGUGUAUUCCUGUCCUACACAUACAUCAUCAGGACAAUUCUAAGAUUUCCUUCUGCCCAACAAAGAAAAAAGGCCUUUUCUACCUGCUCAUCUCACAUGAUUGUGGUUUCUAUAGCUUACGGGAGCUGUAUCUUCAUCUACGUUAAGCCUUCUGCAAAGGAAGAAGUAGCCAUAAAUAAAGGAGUUUCGGUGCUCACAACUUCUGUUGCUCCCUUAUUGAACCCCUUCAUCUACACCCUGAGGAACAAGCAAGUGCAGCAAGCAUUCAACGACUCCUUAAAGAAGAUUGUCUUUCUCUCAAAAAAGUAA